CGACGAAGUGCGUGACUUACUGGCGGUCCAUCUAAACUCUUACAACUCUCUUUCUUUCCUUGCAAAGUUCUCUCUUUAAAUAACUUUCCCAACCAUAACAUCCCACCUUUCCCCAAACCCUCCCACAUUUGAAAGAUGGACAAGAAAAUCUACCUCGUCCGCCACGCCCAAGGCGAACACAACAUAUCCGACAAUUUCUACGUCCCCGACGCCAUCCUCACACCCCACGGACACACGCAAUGCCAAGCCCUCCAAGCAACCUUCCCACACCACUCGACCAUCGAAAUCAUACUCUCCUCUCCCUUGCGCAGAGCAAUUCAAACAGCAAUCCACUCCUUCGCACCCGCUCUCCUGCGUCCAGACGUAAAUUUCCUCCUCGUUCCCUUGGCACAGGAGAUUAGCGCCAAGCCAUGCGACGUCGGGCACGAGCGGGACGAAUUGCGGGAGGAGAUGGGGCGGUUGUUAAGUGCGGAAGGGAAGGAGAUCGGGUUUGAUGGUGGGAGAAUCGAUUAUUCGAUUUUGGACGAAGGGUGGAGUUCGAAGAAAGGGUUAUAUGAGGAUAGUCUGCAAGCUGUAGAGGCGAGGGCUGCGGAGCUGAGGAUGUGGUUGUGGAGGAGGCCGGAGAAGGAGUUUGUGCUUGUGACGCAUGGGGCGUUCUUGCAUUAUUUGACGGAGGAUUGGGAUGGGUUUCAUGCUAGUCAUGGAACUGCGUAUAAGAAUUGCGAGUAUCGAUGCUUCACAUUCACCGAAGACUCGGAUGAGAGGGAAGCACAUUUGACGCAAGUUGGGAAGACGGGAGUGAGAGCGACGAAACCCCUUGGAACACAUGCAAAGGAUAUCACUGGUGUGCAUCCAAAUUGAUAGAAGAUACUGGGCUGAAGAAAUGGUUGUCUUCUUUCUAGCAAGAAUAGAUGUAGAUGGUAUAGACUCUAUAGAAGGCUUGGCAAAUUAUGUAUGACGAAG